UUACCUUGAAAAUUAUCAGUUAGUUACUAGCUGCCCAAGCAUUACGAUAUCAUAUAUCCACCCUGUUGAUAACCAUGAAGUCUGAAAUUCCCAUUUUAGAUUGUUCCAAAAUUUCUGGGUCGUAUGAUGGAGUUAGCGAUUCUGACGGAUUUGAAGAAUUUGCGAAACAACUGGGCGAUGGGAUGAGCAGUAUCGGCUUCGUUUAUCUCACGAAUCAUGGCGUUCACCACUCAAUUAUUGAUGUUGUGCUACGCGAAUCUCGAAAUUUCUUUGAACUCCCGAAAGAUGUAAAGAUGAAGUAUCGUAAGCCUGAUGCUGUUGAAAAUUUUAAUGGAUACACGCCUGCAGAAGAUGAACAAUUGAAUGAAACAGUCGGAACAACGAACAAAUCAGGACACGACUAUAAAGAGGCGUGGGACAGCUGGGGGAAGGAAAUGCUGAGUGAGGCCAACUAUCCCUCCGAAGUUCCUGGAAUGAAAAAAUCUGUGGACGAUUUCCGUCUCUCGCUCGUCACGCUCUGCAAGAAACUGUUCCUCUGCUUCGGCCACUACUUGAAGCUGGAAGACCCCGAAUUCUUCCUCCAACGACACAGGGCCCUGGACGACCUCAACAUCAAGUCCCAUAACGACAUCCGCACCAACUACUACAUGGCUUUGAACUCGAGCGAAGUGGAUGAGAUUACGGAGGAUGCCAUGCGACUGAACGAACACAACGACUGGGGCACCGUCACCUUCCUCGUGCAAGAUUCGGUGGGAGGGUUGGAGGCCAAGAAGACGAACGGAGACUGGAUUCCAGUCCCACCCAUCGAAAACUCCAUCGUCCUCAACGCAGGACUCAUGUUGGAAAUGUGGUCGGGAGGCCAUUUCCCCGCCACGGGUCAUCGCGUGCGUCUCUUGAAGUCACAGGCGAAAACGGUUCGUCAGAGCAUCGGAUUCUUUGUGCAACCGGACGGAGAAUCCAAUUGCAUUCCGUUGGUUCCAGAGAAGAAAGAUUGGCACCCAGCGUAUCCGAAAGUGGACAAGGAAACCCACUUUGAGUACUUCAGAAACAGAGUCGCCGGAUCCAGAGCGUAUUAAUUGAUAAAUAUUGCGUAUUGAUUCAUUACAUAAUCUGCCCGACUUUAAUUGAUUUUUAAGAGUAAAAUUUGCCGUCUGUUCAAAUUUUUCCGCAACUCAAUUUUGUCAGCCGACAGUACACACAUAAUCGAAUUUAUAUGUGGUUAGCAAUGGCUUUGAUAGUUAAUAGGGUCAUAGUUUUAACGAAAUGCAGAUUACAAGGCACACCUUGGAGAACGAUUAAAAUAAUUGGCGUAGGACGAGAAUUCGUGUAUUUUAAUUGAUAGUUGCUCACACAGAUUGUCAGUUAUCCGUACUAACAGCCCACUUAAAUAAUAAUUAUUAUUGUUAAUAAUUAAAUAAAUAAUAAACUCAAAACUUUCCUCUAUCGAAAACUCACUCAA